AUGAAGUUCCGUCGUACGGCAUCCACCCUCCCAAUUAUCGCACGGCACCGAAAUCUGCGGGUCGUAAUCGUGAAGAAAAACAGUAUCGCAAUGAAGCGUGUGCUUAGGCUGGAGGAUAUCAUUGUGCAUGGGCAUUCGGUGACGGAAGGCGUCGUGAAAUUUCCUCCAGGAAUAGGUACAAUGGAAUUGAUGCCACAUCCGUGGCCCCCAAAGAAGAGAAUGGUCCCCACGUUCCCAUUCCUCGCGUGGCACCUCCUCGGUCGGAAGGGUUUCAUUGCUCAGGUAGAAAUGCCAAUCCAUUCUCUGCAGGAAGUCGUUUACCAAGUCAGCGUGGUAACAUUCUGGCCGCUGCCACGCCCAGGACAUUGGAUCGAAGAUGCAGCCCAGCUCCCGGGCCUCUGCAAUGCAUUUCCCAAAAUGGCCGAAUUCAUACCCAGUCGCUUGAUCCGAGGGUCAACAUAG